AUGGACCAAAACAAGAGAACAGCAAAUGGGCUCAAUGUUAGUUUAGGUUCAAGUGAAUGGGCAGUGCGUCUUGUCGAUCCCUAUGAGAAUGUGUUGCCUUCUUCGGGAAUAGUACAGGUGUUUCUGAACGGGUCAUGGGGCGAUAUCUGUUUCUCUAAUUGGGAUAGGCGUGAUGCAGAUGUAGCUUGCAGAGGUCUGGGAUUCAGCGGCUCGUUUUACGCGACCAACGUUGACGAUUAUAAACCAGCUUCACCUAAUGUAUUGUUUGACGUAGGAUGCUCGGGCUACGAGUCCUCGUUCGCAGAGUGCAACUACAGCCGUACCAACGCACCGAAAGAGUGUCGAGUUUCAUUAAAGGCUUCAGCAACAUGCACCAAUUUUACAAUUCGUCUGACUGGUGGCCGAUACCCUUGGGCAGGUGUAGUAGAGGUGUUUUAUAAUGACUCAUGGAGACCAGUUUGCAAUGACCACUGGGACAUCAACGACGGACAUGUUGUCUGUAAAUACCUAGGUAUAGGUCGGGCUCUCGAUACUGACCAACAUCCGAAUGAUGCUAGCAAUAUCAAGAGACUGGCCGAGGAAUAUAUGAUAGAUGGUAUUCAUUGCAGAGGGAAUGAAUCGAGUAUACUAGAAUGUCCGUGGUAUAAUCCGCAACCGUGCAAUUCGACCCAAUUUGCAAUGGUCCGGUGUUCUAAUGGCAAUGAGAUCAUCUAUCUUACAGACGGAAACAGCUCUUUGGACGGUGUUGUCAUGUACUACUAUAACGGUCGGCAGAGAUCAGUUUGUGUAAACUUCUGGAACAGAAAUAACGCCGAUGUUGUCUGCAGAAGUCUGGAAUUAGGAAGAGCACUACACAUUCCCGUGUAUCAUCAUAUUUCUGAUGGCAGUCAUGACGGUGUCACACUCGACCGAGUAGAAUGCACGGGAAAUGAAUCCAGACUGUUCGAUUGCCCUGGUGUAGGAAUCGGAUCUGAAAAUGAAUGCAAUGUGUCCGAAGUUUCUCGAGUCAUUUGUUCCGGAGGAGAGGGCGAUCAUUAA